UUGAUAACAGUUUCAGCCACGCCCCUUACCUGGCUUUUCCAGACAAAUCAGUAAUCCUCUGAUAGCGACUGUGACAGCUCCAGCCUUUCAUAUUGUUGUCGUUAUUGUUUCAAACUGGCACGGUAUUUUGUAAUUUGUGCCUUUUUAGAUUCCACGGUUACAUUUCCGGGCUGUCAGAACGAGCUGACUGAACUUACUAACCGGUAACCACACAGAGGCCAUAAGCUAGCUAGCCCAGCUGUCUCUACAGUCCAACUGCCGAGUGCUCUUUGUCUAUUCAAGUCAGCUAGCAGAAGGCGCUGUGUAAUCUGUCAGUGGGCAAACGCCGGAGUUUACAAUUCUGUUUCAUUUCCCCCGGUUUGACGAGAAUCUAGCGAACCAAGAUAGGCGGCUUGGGAACCAAGAUGUCAAAUCGAGUGGUGUGCAGAGAAGCAAGUCACGCCGGGAGUUGGUACUCAGCUUCGGGAUCCCAGCUGAAUGCACAACUAGAGGGCUGGCUGUCCCAAGCACAGUCCACAAUCAGACCUGCUAGAGCCAUCAUUGCACCCCAUGCCGGGUAUACCUACUGUGGUGCUUGUGCAGCACACGCUUACAAGCAGGUGGAUCCCUCUGUUACUCGUAGGGUGUUCAUUCUGGGACCUUCACACCAUGUGCCCCUCUCCCGCUGUGCCCUGUCACCUGCAGACGUCUAUAGAACGCCCCUCUAUGACCUGAGAAUCGACCAGAAGGUUUACGCAGACCUCUGGAAGACCGGGUUGUUUGAGAGGAUGAGUCUGCAGACAGAUGAAGAUGAGCACAGUAUUGAAAUGCACUUGCCUUACACUGCUAAAGCCAUGGAGAGCCACAAAGAUGAGUUCAGCAUUGUUCCUGUGCUUGUGGGUGCUCUGAGUGAGUCUAAGGAGCAGGAAUAUGGGAGGCUGCUCAGCAAAUACCUGGCAGAUCCUACUAACCUUUUCAUAAUCUCUUCUGACUUCUGCCACUGGGGCCAGCGGUUUCGCUACACGUACUACGACGAGUCUCAAGGAGAGAUCUACAGAUCUAUUGAGCAUCUUGAUAAAAUGGGGAUGGGCAUUAUAGAGCAACUGGAUCCUAUUUCUUUCACAAACUACUUGAAGAAGUACCGUAACACCAUCUGUGGACGUCACCCUAUUGGAGUGCUGCUAAAUGCUGUGGCCGAGCUUAGGAAGUCUGGUUUAGAAAUGAACUUUUCUUUCCUGAACUACGCCCAGUCGAGUCAGUGCAGGAACUGGCAGGACAGCUCCGUGAGUUAUGCUGCUGGGGCGCUCAUCGUUCAUUGAGGUCAGCUUUUGCAGGGGCCACUGGAACGCCGCCACCCUGCCCUUACUAUCUUAAUGCCAUAACCUUGACCCAUGAUUCUCCAAUUCCUAUCCCGUUGCCCCCCAACUCCCUCAGUAAUGCCCACUAUGUGCAGGAAAAACUUAGAUAAUUGAAGCCAAUAAAAUAAUUUCCCUUAAGUCCCUCAGCUCUUCUUCGCUUUUCUCCUCCCGCCUCUUAGUUUGAAGUGUCUUCCGAUCUUUUUGUUGCAGUGAAAUUUCAGGAGAGGAUGGAGGUGACUGGGUUGGAGGAAGCUCUGGGAGUAGCAAAUCUUUCUUUUUGCAUUAUCCCCUUAGACCCUCCUUUUUUUUUUUCAACAAUGAGGAGCAACAGAGAUGUAAAAAAAAAAAGAAGAUUUAUUUGGAUAUGAUGUGUUCUCUUAUAACUUGCCCCCCCUGAAGAAUACCAAUUUAAAUAAAACUGCAGAUGUUAUUGGAGAAUAUUCAGCUCUUCCUAGAUGAGGAUGGAGUGAGUCUUCUGACUGCAUUAGGCCUAAUGCUACGCUAACUUGGGAAACCGUGUCAUAGGUAACUGCUACCACUAUACAGCAUAAAAAAGGGCUGCGCUCGACAAAGUACACUUAGACCCUACUGUAUAAAACCAAAAAAAAAAACCCAAAACACACAUUAUAAUCAUAAUAUUAGUUUAAUAUAUAUAUUUUAUUCAUAUUUGAACCUUUUUUUACUUUAUAGAAGUUUUGAUAGAUGUGAUAGUAUUAACUGGAUUAGUGUGUAGAUUUGAGUAGCAUCUUUGUCAGUUUGGCUCUGAGGUUGUCAACAUGGUUUGGCCUGUAGAUCGAUGUACGUACCACUAAUCCUUUGAUCCAGUCGUAUGUUUAUGGCAUUACAAAUGACAUUUUCAGCACCUCGCUGCAGUUAUGGAUGCCACAGAAAUGUAAUCAAAUCCUGACUCUGGCACCUUCUAGUUACAGUUUACACUUCCCUCUUGGAUCUCUGUAGUAACUUGCUCUUCACACUGAAGUCAUUACUUAUUGUUUUUCCUUUUUCCUUGAAUUGUAAAAUGUUUUUGUUACAUAUUGAGUAGAGCUUUCUUCCAAUGCGAUCCAAACAAAGCAGCCAAGCUGGAAUGACCACCAUCUUCAAAGAUUACAUGUCACGUUUGUGAAGGAGGUUUUUAAUUACAGCUUCUUGUUUUUGACUGAAUAAUGCCAAAACGUUUUGCACAACACAUUUCAAUUUCUGUCUUGGCUACUUUUGAAAGUUUGUUUUUCAAAGUUCCAUGUCAUAAUUAUUUCAAAAUUGGUUUGGUCCAAAUUUGUUAUAAAUCAGAACAUAGUGGAUGGUCAAAGUUUUCUAAAUCUGCUCAAAAACAAAAUGAUCUGUCAAAUUUUUCCCAGAACAGAACACCGAGAGAUAUUGCUACCAGCUGCAUUUUGAAUUCAUUGGCUAAAGGUUUGGAAAUACUGAAGCACAAAUGCCCAAGAGGACUGUUGCUUUUACAAUGCUUUGCAAAAUUAUUCACCCCACUUGAAUUGUUAAGGUAUUUUAUUGUAUUUUAUAUAUCAGACCAAUAAAAGAUAUUGUUACAAAUAAAAAUCAGUCUAAGAAAUGUGGCAUAGAUUAGGUUUUAGCCACCUUCCCUUCCCCUGCAGGUCUAUAGGGUAUGUUUCUACUGGCUUUGCACAUAUGGAGACUGAAGUGUUAGACAGCAGUGUAUAUUUCAAUGGCAAUGCAUUCAAACUUUGCUUGCCAAUGACACAUUUGGAUGGGCUUUCAGUCUCCUUUAUUUUCCACCACCUGUUAAAGAGCUUACUGGUCAAAGGAGAGCAGAGAAAAUGUGGGUCAGUUGUGAUCAAUAACAUCAUUACAACAUUUAUUAAUGAUAUUUUAAUGUUAUCUUUUUCUAACAUGCAGCCUUCAAGAAUGGGUUAAUUUCUGUCAGAUUGGAUGGAUUGAUAAUCACUUAGAUUUUCAAUCGCAUUUAAUUCUAUUCUUUGACUGGACCAUUCUGACAUAAAUUGUUGGGGUUAGUUCUCUCAGUAGAGGCACACUUCCCCCUCGGUCCCCAGUCUUUUGCAGCCUCUGCCAUGUUUUUUCCCUGCUUCCCUAUGUGCGGAUGAAAAGCCUCCCCAAAGCCUGUUGUGCAGGUGGAGUGUGUUUAAAGUGUUUACAAGUGUUGCUUUUAAACCACAUUUGACGAGAACACAUUUUUCUGUGUGUUUGCAAUAACCUUACAUGACAAACGGGACUUCUUGUGGCUUUCUUCUUGCCACGUUUCCUUUAAGGCCAAAUUUGUGGAGUGAAUCUGUUGACAGGUCGUCCCACUUGAGCUGCGGGUCUCUCCACCUUCUCCAGAGUUACUCUGGUUCUCGUGGCUGCUUCUGCCUGGUCCAUCUUAUCUUAUUAGUAGACUUGUGGUUGUGCAAUACUGUUUUGAAGGCUAUGCAUAACGUUCUUCCUACUUCAAAAUAAUGUAUUUCUUUGUGCUCAUAUAAAAUACCAAUAAAACACACUUCAAUUUUAGGCACAAAUUGGAAAAAUUUAAGGGCGUAAAUACUUUUGCAAGGCUGUAUAACUCUGCAAAUUGGCCACAGGAGCUGAUUGGGCAUUAAUCAUUAAUAAAAGCAGCAUGAGUUUUUAAUAGAAACUUGACAAUAUGCAGCGUGAUGCGUUUGCUGCUCAUGGUAAAUUACAUUUAUAUUUUGCUGCUUUAAGGUAAUUCCCGCCUCAUUCCACAUCUAGUAUUAAUGCAAAUCUUGUUGAACCGAGUGGAACUCAGACUGAAGGCUGAACCCCCAGACUCACAUGACCUCUUAUGCUAAUUUACAGGAAACUAGCAAAGCAUGACACACUGUGCUAUUGUGCCUUUUAUCACUGUUGCACAUUUAUAUAUAUAUAAAUAGAUAUAUAAAGCAUAUUCUCACUUUCAGUCUUAUUUUCUAAAAUGUGUUUUCAGUUUUUGUGUACUCUUUCCCCUCCUCUUCCCUUUUGCCGACAGCCCAACUUAGUUUCCGGACCGCCCAACACUUCAUCACUUCUUACCCUGCACACUCGACGUUGGGCUAAAAUGGCACCCACUGUUAUCUCCUUUCUCCGGCGAGGGAGUUCUGUUCUGUCAACUUCAUUCUUGUAGCGAGAGACAAAUAGCUUAACCUUGACACUGUUCAUUUCUGUCUUCGGUUAUUUGUCUUUUUAGAGAUGUUUUUCUUUUGUAUUUUCUUUUCCUCUCUAUUUAGGAUUUGGAAGUUUUCACAUCGUUAAACUAAAAAAAAAAAAAAGAUAAAAAAAAGGAAAAAUACUGCUUAUCUGCUCCCGUAAUGGAGUUUUUUGAUCUCAGGUUCCACUGACAAAGCAUCCCAAAAGGCUCUUCAGAAAAGGCAGAAGAUUCAUGUUACAAAAUAAGUAAAAUGUACUGAAAAGCA